AUGUCAAUAUCAGUUGACAGUAACAAUCUUAGUUUUGUUAACGAUUUGAAUCCUGGGAAAGAUAUGUGGAACAUGAAAGCGAGAAUUAUUCAAAAAUGGAAUCAGGAUUACAAGAUGGAUCUCAUGUUCAUUGAUGAAAAGGGUGCUAAGAUUCAAGCAGGUAUUAAGAGCCAUCUGAUACCUGUUUUUGAUGGACAGCUUCAAGAAGAUGUUAUUGUGAUUCUGUCGGAAUUUGGUGUUGGUGUUGAGUAUGGUUUCAACUUCAGAGCUUAUGAAGAUAUUCUUCAAGGAGAGGCGUUAAACGCUUUGAGUGUUGGUAGUAUGUUGCUGGAUCUGUGGUUUGUUGUGGAGAUCUUGAAAUCUUUGAUCGACAUCCAAAGGAGACUAAGAAGAUCAAUUCCGAUAUUGAAGACUUGGAAGAUUUGUAAAGAAAUGAUUAAGGACUUCAUUUCUAAAAUCCCACCUCAUGAGCAUGUGAUGGCUGUUAUACAACAUGGAAAGUGUAAGGAAUGGAAAUGUGAAUAUACUGUUCAAAGUGAUAAGUUUGCAACACGAAUUUUUCUGAGUGAAGAAAUUGAUGAAGUUAAUGAGCUAAGGAGGAGGCUUAUACUGAAGUUUAGACAAGGGAGUGGUUCUACUUCUCAAACAAUAGUAUCGUCUCAGAGUGUUUUUCCGUUGCAUAAAGAAUUUGUAACUGAUGGUGUGAAGAAACAUGUUGAUGAGAUUAGUGAGAUAGAAAAGGAAAUGUCUUGUGUUGUGGUUGCGAUAAUUAAGAUUGUGCAAGAAGAGUAUGGUUGGUUUUAUGCUGCCUGUCGUAAGUGUUUCAAGAAGGUGAUGGGUAAAACUGAAUACUUGCAGAAUGUUGAAAAUGUUUCAGAUGAUAUUGUUCGAUUGCAUGCGACUUCUUUGGUUUGUCCCAAAUGUCAUAGUGAAUGUUCAAGAGAUGUUCAGAAGCUUCUUGGAUUAGCGGCGAGUGACAUAAGAGAGAGGCAGGUUAAGGCCAAUGAUACUGGAUGUUUUCCUCAUGAGAUAUUUCGAUUAGUUAAUAAGAAGGCUGCUUUUAAGAUUGAUGUUUCAGAGUUCAAUCUUAAAAAUGAAUAUCGUGUUUAUACUGUGCAAAAAACAUGUGAUGAUCGAGUAAUAACUGUUGAGUUGGUUGGUGGAGAUGGUAAUGGUGAUGAAAAUACCGAUGAGGUUACUCAAGAGGUAGCUGAGGUGAAAGAUGUUAACCUUUCAGAAUCUUCCUAG